AUUGAGUCAUUCGGAUUGGGUCAAUGUUGUUGCCUUCUCGCACGACGGCCGGCUUAUAGCGUUAGCCUCAAAAGAUAUGAUAGUCCGACUCUAGGAUGUAACUACAGGCACAGAGCGGCGCUUGUUACGGGGCUAUUCAGAUUAGAUCAAUGCUGUCGUAUUCUCACCGGACGGCUAACUCCUAGCAUCAGCCUCGGGCUCUGGGAUACGGUCACAGGCGCAAAGCGGCUUGUGUUACGGGGCUAUUUAACUUCAGUCCGAGAUAUUGCUUUCUUACUAAAUAGCAAGGUUAUAGCGUCGGCAGCGGGUAACCAAACAUUCCCUCCCUGGAGUGCGGCCUCGGGCGAUAACACGCCACGGGUGCAAUACGGCGCGUGCUACGUGGCCAUUCAAAUUUGUUACCUUCUUACCAGACAACCGGCUUAUAGCAUCGGCAUCGGCCGACUAUACAAUCCGGCUCUAGGAUACAACUAUAGGAAUAAAGGCACGCGUGUUGCAGGGGAAUGGGUCACUGCCGUCGCUUUCUCACUAGACAAUCAGCUUAUAGUAUCCGCUUCGAGUGAUGGGACAGUUAGGCUCUGGGAUAUAACUAUAGGGGUAAAACAGCGCGUAUCACGAAGCAAUCUAUGCUACUUUAGUGAUAUUAUCUUCUUAUUAGACGGCCAGCUUAUAGCGACAGCCUUAGAUAUAAACUCGGACGAUGAUAAGAUAGCGUGUCUCUGGGAUGGAACCACGGGUGUAAUGCGGCGUGUUUUGCGGGGCUAUUCAAACUGGGUCUCUGCUGUCGAUUUCUCACCAGACGGCUAA